AAUGGGAAAAAAUGCAAAUCAUAAGCCGUAUAAGAUAAUUUAUAUCGUUGUAAGUGCGUUUACAAUUAGUUUUAUUUAGACGAUAACCAAUAAAAAAAUGCAGCUCAUCAUGAAGUUGUUCUUCUUAUACCUCUCCCUCUUUGGAGUGCACACGAAGAAGCUAACGCCAGAAGUUAUAAAAGUAUGGGAGGGUGUAGUCGCACCUUAUUUCGACGAUUGUGUCAAAAUGACGAACGUUGAUCCAGAGAUACCAAGAACUAUGUUUGAGCUGGAGGAUUUGCCAACCGCAGAAUCUUUCGCUUGUUACAUGAAAUGCAUUUUCGAAAAAAUGUCAUUUUUCAACUCGAAUAACGAACUGGAUCAAGACCAAAUGCUAAAAUCGAUUUAUAUGUUAAAACCAGGAGAACUCCAGAGAUGCAUGGCUGAAUCAGCAAACCAAACAAAUGUAUGCAAGAAAACACACGAUAUCAGCGCCUGUAUUAUACAUCGCGUUGAAAAUGAUUAAGAUAUUUUCUAUGCGUUUAAAUUAUGGUUUCGUUUUAGUACUAUAUUUCUUUAAUGUCAUAGUAUAUAGAUCUGAGAAACUUUCUUUUCAAAUGCUAAUUCAGUACUCUGAUGUAGUUACCUAGAAUUAUAAUAAAUAAUUGUUUUUUCCAGCAUAUAUUGCCUUUUGAACA